AUGGAAAGCAAAAGGCAGCAAGUGGCGGCAGGUGCCUGGUUUUUGCUGGUGCUAUUGUCGAAGCACACGUGUGCUGCCCUUCCAGAUUCCCACGGGCAGCUAAUCAGCGGGCAGGUCUCGAACCCGGCGGUGGUAGCCUCGCUAACUGAGAUUGGAGGCAGCGGUUUGGAGGCGAGAAGGGCCCGUUUGCCCGCUCCAGCAAUUGCUUCCACGCUGCCGAGUAAAUCACGUUCCUUGCCUAAUCAUUCUUGA